AUGCCCAAAGCUACAACACCGACCUCGCGCUCGCGGCGCCAUAACCCGCUCGAAUCCGACAUCCUGGCCACCGGCGUUCUCAAACAGAAGGCCCCCAAGAGGAAGUCGAAGGAGGCCGGCGAGGGUGACCAAUAUGUCGACAGCAGGGCCUCGCAGAAAAUCUUGGCUCUAGGCCGGGAGCUGGAGGAAGAAGACCGAAAGCGCAGAGCCCCGUCAGGCGCCCGCGAUGCCUUCGCGUUCGACUCGAGGGACGACAUGGACGGGCCGGACUUCGAGGAGUACCCCGACGACGAUGCUGCCUGGGGCUCGGACGAGGAAGUCGAGGAGGUCGAGGUUGACCCGGAAGACCUAGAGGCCUUCAACCGUUUCCUUCCCGGCGGCGGAGACGACGACCCACUGCUGAAGCUGGGCUGGGGAGGCGGCCAGGAGGUCGAGCAGGAGGCUCCGACGAACCUUGCCGAUAUCAUCAUGGCCAAAAUUCAGGAAAAAGAGGCCAUGGAUGCCAGGAAAGCACGGAUAUCAGCCGUGGACGAGGACGUGCAGGACCUGCCGCCCAAAGUGAUUGAUGUUUAUACUGUUAUCGGCGAAAUGCUCGCAAGAUAUAAAUCCGGAAAGCUGCCGAAGCCGUUCAAGGUCCUCCCAACGAUCCCCCGAUGGGAAGACAUUCUCUCCAUCACCAAUCCUCACCUCUGGACCGCGAACGCCGUGUUUGCCGCCACCAAGAUUUUCUCCUCAGCCAAGCCCAUAGUAGCUCAGCGAUUCAUGGAGCUUGUGGUCCUGGACGCCUUCAAGACGGACAUUUUUGAGCACAAGAAGUUGAAUCCCCACAUCUUCAACGCGCUCAAGAAGGGUCUGUACAGACCAGCCGCUUGGUUCAAGGGCUUUCUGUUCCCGCUGGUGUCUGGCGGCUGCACCCUCCGGGAGGCUGCAAUCGUGGCUGCUGUCCUGACGAGAGUGUCGGUUCCUGUGCUGCACUCGGCCGCGGCGAUCAAAGGCCUGUGCGAUAUUGCGGCCCAAGAGGCAUCGCAGGGCACCGAGGGCGGUGGCGCCACCAAUAUCCUGCUUCGCUGUCUCUUGGAAAAGAAGUACGCUCUUCCAUAUCAGUGCAUAGACGCAUUAGUGUUCCAUUUCCUCCGUUUCCGAAACGCAGACCCGGCCUCUGUCAGGGAAGAGGAUGUUGGCCAAAUCGGCAAAGAUGGGUCAGCGAUGAGCAGGGUUGCUCUGCCUGUCAUUUGGCACAAGUGCCUCCUGUCGUUUGCGCAACACUACCGAGACCAGAUCACGGAGGAGCAGCGCGAGCUGCUGCUCGAUCUACUCUUGACCCAUGGACACGUGGGCAUCGGGCCUGAGGUUCGUCGCGAGCUGUUGGCGGGGAGGGGAAGGGGGGUGCCCCUGGAGCCACAGGGCCCUGCAUUCGAUGGUGAUGAUACCAUGCUUGUGGACUGA